AUGUCACCAAGAUUAAAUAGUCCCUCAGAAUACAGACGAAACACUACUAAAGCGUGUGAUUCUUGUAGACGUUUAAAAAUUAGAUGCAAGAAAGUAGCAUAUUUCGUUCAAUCUACAAAGUGCAGUGAAUGCAUGAAACGUAAUUAUGAAUGCGUUUAUUCUGCUCAACCAAAAAGACGUGGGCCAAAAUUAAAGAAAGACUGUACAAAUAAUAAAAAUUCUGUCGCACCUAAUAACGAUUCUUCUCGUAAUGAACAUCAAGAUGACGAAUUAUUUUGUGGGCUAUCACAGGAGGAAAUAAAGCUCGUUUCCAACUUGUUUAAACCGGAACAAUUACCCCAUAUGUUAGAUAUUCUCACCUCUACUUCAUCAUUACCAUGUCCAUAUGAAAAUAUUGCAG